AUGACAAUUUUACACCUUGCCGCCUUAUAUAGUCUUUCAUUAAUACCAGUUGCCCAUGUAUAUACGUUAAUUUGGGCUCUGGGUGUGUAUAUCUAUGCUGGUAUUGGGAUCACAGCUGGUGCACACCGUUUAUGGGCUCACAGAGCAUACAAAGCCAAAUUACCGAUGAGAGCCCUUCUGGCUUCCAUGCAGUCAACAGCAUUCCAGAAUUCCAUUUUUGAAUGGAGCCGAGAUCACAGGGUUCAUCAUAAAUAUUCAGAAACAGAUGCCGACCCCCACAAUGCCAAACGUGGCUUCUUCUUCUCCCAUAUUGGUUGGUUGCUUGUCCGGAAACAUCCUAAUGUGAGAGCCAAAGGCAAAUUAUUAGACACAACUGAUUUGCUCAACGAUCCUGUCGUACGGUUUCAAAGAAAAUAUUAUAUCCCAUCUGUUCUUCUCUUCUGCUUCAUCAUCCCAACAAUUGUUCCUAAUUUGUGUUGGGAUGAAAGUCUGUGGAAUGCUUACUUUCUUGCUGGAAUCUUGCGCUAUUGUUGUGGCCUGAAUGCAACUUGGCUGGUUAACAGUGCUGCCCACAUGUGGGGUAACCGACCUUAUGACAAACGGAUCAACCCAGCUGAGAACAUUGGGGUCAGCAUUGGCAGUAUGGGUGAAGGUUUCCAUAAUUAUCACCACACUUUCCCCCAGGAUUACAAGACUAGUGAGUUGGGCUGGCGGAUCAACUUCACAACCAUGUUCAUUGACUUUUUUGCAAUGUUGGGACAGGUUUAUGACAGAAAACAAUAG